GUGUAAUAGAGCCAUGGAGCGAAAAUGUGUAUUAAUAAUUCUGUGCCUGUUAGUGUUAAAAUUUAGUUUUGCACAAUUAGAAGAUAAUACUGACGACAGGAAAUUCAAUGCAAGAGGAAUUUUAUCAUCUUUAGCAUCAGGUUUUAUUAAUAGAGGCUUUAUUACAACUGGAACUGCUGCAGGAGCUUCCCAAAUAGUGUCCUUGAAUAUAAGCAAUUUACUAGUUCUGGUCCUUCUGAAAGCUUUGGUUUUUGCGGCUACUUCAAUAGGAGCUAACCAUUGGAAAGGCGGAGAAUAUCGAGAAGUCGAACACGAAAAGUUUUUUACAGAUGAUGAAAUUUUAAUGUACUUAAGUUACUUAACAGGUUCAUCUGGUUGUCUUCAAAAGAUAGCAUGUCAACAACCUGAAAAAGCAAAGAAAUACGCAGCAGCCGGUGAUCUACUUUUAAAGGUUUCAAAAAUGUUUUCACUUAAAACAUCUUUAGAUUAUGAUAUUAGUAUUCAAGAACUUGAACAGGCCUCCAAUGUUGGACUUGCAGGGGGCUCAUGCGGUAGUUUUGAAUGUACGAAGAUCUGA